AUGUUAAUCAAGAAAACAAAUACUAUCAACCUAGAUUAGGUACAAUGGAAUGAAAUCAAAAAUAAAAAUCUAAAUCCAACUAUUCCAUCUUAGGACUAAAAUAAUAGUCAGUCUUGUAAUAAAACAAUUCUUUGUUAAAGGUUUGAAUACAAUCAAAUUGGAAAUUAUACUCUUAUAAAAGAUUUAAAUAAAACAGGUAGAAUUUCAGGCUAUAUUAUUCUAAAAGAACAUACAUUUUUAUUCAGCCAUUACCAAAUGAAAUUUGUAAUAGACUGUCUUUUUUCAAAAGAUUUAUAAUUAUGUGUUAUCAUUGCAUCUCAAAAUAUUUUUAUUUAUCAAUUGGUAAAUUUUAAAUUGUAAGUAAAUCAAUAUAUUGAUUUGGGUUAAGGAUAUAAAUAUGGAGUAAUCACUUCGGAUUCAAAAUAUUUAAUUAUAAAUACUCAUGAAAACACAAUCAUUUUAUAUUGUUUAUAAAAACUAACAUAAAUUCUUACUAUUUACUAAUAUAAACCAAAUUUCAACUAAAUUUUUGUUUCUAAAACAAAUAAUGUAAUGUUUUCAAUUAAGUUUGGAUCACCAUUUAUCAAAAGAUGGAUUAUAGAAGAUGAUAAAAUAAAACUUCAAUCUUAAUUUUAUCUCAAUCAUACAUACACUAUAAGUUAUAUUACAAAACAUUAUAUUUUGAUUAGAAAACAAUUUGGAUCAUUUGAGAGUAUGUAUUGCAUAUUUUCAAAUCUAAAUAGAUAAAGAAAACUAAUAAGAACAAUAAAGAGUUCUUUUUUUGAAAAUUUAUAAAUAGAUCCAAAUUGUGAUUCUAAUAUUUUGAUUGAUAAUGGAAAUAAAUUAUAAUUUUAAGUUUAAUACAAAAUUUAUUCAUUGUAAACAGGACAUUUUAAAUAGGCUUCGUAAAACUAUAAUAAAUUACAUUGUAAACCUGGGAUAGAGAUAUCUGAGAAUUAAAUAAAAAUUGAAUAUUUUGAAUUUGAAACUUAAGAUUGA